AUGCCGUCCCAAACAACCACAAGGAUGCCCUCCUACAGCUUCAUGGAUGACUACAGCGAAGGAGCCCAUCCAGCACUGCUCAAGGCCCUUGUGUCGAGCAACGCAACCCAAGAGACCGGCUACGGAAACGACACAUACUGCGAGCUUGCACGACAAAGAAUCAGGCGCCAUCUUGGGCGCGACAAUGUGGGCAUCUUCUUUGUGCCGAGCGGCACAUCGGCCAACGCCAUCUCCAUCGCGGCCUGUCUUCGACCACACGAGGCUGUCAUUGCCGCGAGUUCCGGGCACAUUGUCACGCGCGAGACGGGGGCGGUCGAGGCCAGUGGGCACAAGAUCAUCAAUGUGGCACCGCACCAGGGGAAACUGACGCCCAUGGUCAUCGAGAGGGCACUGAAGGACAACUGGCACUUUCCACACAUGGCUAAACCUCGACUGGUCUACAUAUCGAAUGCGACAGAGAUUGGCACUAUAUACACCAGAGACGAACUCGCUGCCAUCAAGCAAGUCUGCGAACAGAACGAGCUCAUCCUGUUCCUGGACGGCGCCCGCAUCGGGACCGCGCUGGCUUCCAAGGCCAACGACAUGACGCUGUCCGACGUCCUCGAGCUGACCGACAUCUUCUGGAUCGGAGGAACGAAGAACGGCGCAUUGCUGGGCGAAGCUGUCGUGGUCAAGGAGCCGCGUCUCGCGUCCGAGUUUGAAUUUUAUGUCAAGCAGCACGGGUCACUCCUCGCCAAGGGUCGCGUCAUCGGUGCGCAGUUUGCGGAGCUCUUUGCGGAGGAUCUGUACUUUGAGCUCGCGCGACAGGCCAACGUGGCAGCCGAGACCCUCUCCAGGGGCAUCGCGGCGGCGGGCUUCACGGUGUCUGCUGCGACGGAGACGAACCAGGUGUUUGCGGCGCUGCCACUGGGUCUGAUCAAAGUGCUUCAGGAUCAUUUCACCUUCUACGUGUGGGAGCGGUAUGGCGAUGAUGAAGCGGUGAUCAGGUUGCUGACGACCUGGGCGACGGACUCGGAGCAGGUCGACAGAUUUGUUGAGAUGGUGCAUCAAUGGAAAUAA